AUGAAAUAUGCUUCAACUAUGAUGUUAAGGUGAAUACACUUUCCAUAUAUGUCCUCAUUGAAGAAUGUCCUUUAUUUCCAAGCUGGACUUGGAGUCCUAGCCAAUAUGGUUCUCCUUUUUUUCUACACUUUCCUAAUUCUAGUUCAUAGAAAUAAGCCCAUGGACAUGAUCUCCUGUCAACUGGCCCUCAUCCACACUGUGCUGGUCCUCACUGGAGGGGAUAUUGGGCUUACAGAUGUAUUUGGAUCACUGAGCAUUGACAGUGACUUCAAAUGUAAGACAACUUUUUACAUAAACAGGUUGAUGAGAGGCCUCUCCAUCUGCAUCACCUGCCUCCUGAGUGUGUUCCAGGCUGUCACUAUCAGUCCCAAUACCUCUUUGCUGGCAAACUUUAAACUUAAGCUAAAAAAAUACAUGACCUAUGCAUUCUUCUACAUUUGGUCUCUCAACUUGUUAUUCAGUAGUAGGUGGAUCUUCUAUGUUGGGGCUUUUACCAAUGCAAGUGAGACCAACCAGAUGAAGGUCACCAAAUCCUGCUCACUCUUCCCCAUGAACAGCAUCAUCAGAGCACUGAGUUUAACAGUGACAACCUCCAGAGAUGUAUUUCUUGUAGGAGUUAUGCUGACCUCAAGUGGGUACAUGGUGAUUAUCUUGUUCAGACAUCAGAGGCAAUGUAAGCAUCUUCACAGCCUCAGCCACCCUAGAGCAUCCCCUGAGAAAAGGGCCACCCAGACCAUCUUGAUGCUGGUGGUUGUCUUUGUAGUUAUGUACUGGGUGGACUUCAUCAUCUCAUGCACCGCAGUUCUGUCAUGGAUGUACCACCCAGUCAUCCUGACUGUUCAGAAGUUUGUGAUGAAUGCCUAUCCCACAAUUACUCCUUUUGUGCAAAUCAGUUCUGAUAAAAGAAUAAUCAAUAUGCUGACAAACUUGUGGUCAAAGUGCCACAAGAUUUUUAAAAAGGGGUAA